AUUUAAUUCUACAGUCGACUCACUUUUCGUCAAAGGUUGAUAGGGAUACCUCCAAUUGUUUUCUGCAAAUUUAAUUCAUAACUAUCUAUUUCAUUAAAGGGUCCUAUGUCGUCUCAGCUUCCCUUAAAUGACGCGAUAUUUUCUGGCUACAAUUCUGCUCACAACACCACCAACAGCAAUCUGAACGUUAACUAUCUAUGCGAAACGAACGCUCCCCUUCCUAUACAUACACACACCCUCAACAAUUUUUUUGGCAACGCAGACGAAGACAAAUUGGGUCCUCUUCCGCCUGGAUGGGAAAAGGGGAUUUCCAAUGGCAGGAUUUACUUCAUCGACCAUAACAGGCGUACUACGACUUGGGAAGACCCGCGUAGAGCUAUUCUAUACAGACAGUUAGAGAGACCUGGUGAACGUGAUCAAAAUGCAGGGGAUGAUAGGCUCAUGAGGGGCUACCAACCUGCGUUUUAUACAACCAUCACAAAUUCUGUCGAUGGCAGUUACGUGCCGUUUAUACAAGACGACUUGUCUACUACAGCUAUAACACAUCCUGCUCGCAAUACGCAAGUUCCACCGUCCGAUGAUCGCAGCGUGGACAGUAACACUAAAUCCUUAAACAAAAGCAGCAGAAAAGCUCGACCUGACAGUAAGGCUUCAUAUCUUUCCAGCAGUAUUUACCCAGGGAUGCUCGCAUCAACGACUAGGACAUCAAGCACAUCGUCCGCUAAAAACGAAUCAAACUGCCGUGAGGAAAGUGCCACAAGCACGAGUACACAUACCAGUCACCUGAAGCAGGCUUUUGAUUCAGAGAAUAACGAUGCCGAUAGCAGCAAUACCCUCAAUGCGUUGGUGUCAACUGCUGCAGGCGAUAAUUCGUCAUUGUCCGCAGCCAAACCCAACACGGCGAUAUCUGCGUCCACCCCCCUUAUCUCGUCUCCAUAUGAAUUCGAUGUCACGUCAGCUUCAUGCAUGGAUUGCGGAGGCACGUUCACCGUAUUCAGGCGCCAGCAUAGGUGCCGAUGCUGUUUUCGCCGCUUUUGUGCUACGUGUUGCAAUCGAACUACAGCUGUGCCAUUUCAUACAUACGAACAGCGCGUGUGUUCCUAUUGCUAUCGACACCUCUCGACCGAUCAAAGUAGCCUCUGUCUGAAGCGCCUCACGCUGUACCUGACUGAGCCGGUGGAUCCGGAGUUGAAAUCGCGCGCGUUAAAAGAACUGGCAGAUUAUUUGUCAGUCUAUCAAGGGACAGAUAUUAGUGAGGUGAAGCUAGACGAACUGAUUCUUCAGGGAGUCUCUCAGUCGCAGGCGCCCGAGUGGGCAGCCUAUUUGCGUUUGUUUGGCAUUGUUUAUGGGAACAGACUGCUUGUCGAUGAGGAUGAGAAAACGGCCCCCGUCGUCUUAAGCCUUUUAGAAUUCUACAGACAGGACUAUAAUCAUCUUCCCGCAUUGCAGACUUUAGACUCUGUAGCCGUCACUCUGGGGUAUUCUGAGUUUUUCGUAGACAGUCAGAUUACUCCUUUACUGCUUGAAAGCAUCCGGUCGGAAAACGUUCAAGUUUGCUAUCACGCAGCGUCUUUGUUGCAUCGACUGUUGGGAGUUAUCAAACCGUCGCGUCUUUCCUCUGCGAUCAACACCUCGGUGAUUAUUAAUGCCUGUAUCACCCAUGCAACGUCUAUUGUGGUAGGGGCAAACGCUCAGCUGGCUGACGAUGCCGUCCGCAUGCUGUUGAAGUUACUGCUAGUGUUGAAGGCGGACUCGAAUUACAAGCAAGGAAUUGAGGCGUUAUCCAAUCUCCAACUUCUUUUGUCUCUUCUUCAGAUUCUGCCUGAUUCCUGCAACGAGACGAGGACCUCUCUGGCAGAACUGAUAUCCUCUCUUCAUCCGGAUAGCGUAUUGAAUGCUAUGUGGAAGGACGGAGUUGUACCGUUUUUGCACGUGGUUUUAGGUCUGAAAAGAGAUACUGGAAACGACACUUCAUCGAGCUCCUGCUACGUUUACCUUUUGGAGAUACUGAGCGGGAUACUAAUGGCUGCGUCGACUGAGAACUUCAAGAACGGCGACGAGAUGAUUGUCAUGAUUACAGACACGUCUAUUUUAUCCCAUUUUGCGAGCGAGUUGACUAGUCAGAAGCCGUCCAAUUUUUUGGUGCUGCAAUUGUUGCAGUUGAUAUCGUCGAACGAAUUUGGCCGAAAUGCUAUGAGGAGCGAGAAUUAUAUUCCGCUGACGGUCGACAUAAUCUUGAAGUACCUGUCGAUGUCUUCUUGCAGGCAUAUGGUAGCUCCUGCAAUUGAGUUGUUGAAUAAUUUGCUGUGUCUGUGUCAGGACAGCUUCAUAGAGUUCGCGGAAUGUGACGGAUGGAAAAUCAUAUCAACGUCGUUUGAGAGUGGAUUCGAGAUAGUUUCUGUGCUCAAUCUGUGCUUGAGUUUGGCGAUGAUAUUUCCCGCGUUAUCGACAUUGUGCGAGAUCUGCAUGCCUUACAUUAAUCAGUUUCUGACGUCUCGUGACACCAGCGUUGUUUUGAAUUCGACUGCGCUUUUGUUGAAAUUGGUGGUGUUGUCUCAAGCUCGAAGCCUUAUGAUUAGGGACGGACUGGUUACGACGCUGUGCACCUUGCUGUCUUCGAAUGCGCCCUACCUACAAUCAGAUGGCGUUUCUAGCGCAGAUGUGGUGUCGAUUCAGACGAAUGCGUCACACAUCCUAGCUCAGCUGCACGCGAAAAAACCCAUGGAGGCCUCCGUGUCUAUGGACGUUUUGAAGAAUAUUCUUGGUGAAUUGGUCGAUCCGUAUGGCACCGUUUCUACUAAGAUUGAGGCGAUUUCGACGUUGCUAAAUCUGUGUCGUUCAUCGUCUGCCGAACCGAGCCAGAAUUUGCGGGUGCUGUGCAGUUGUGAAAGUGUCGAAUCUCUGGUGAUUGUGCUGCGACAUGAGUGUCCAGAGCUGAGGUUACUGUCUUUACGCCUGCUUUUUCUAAUUCUGACGGAAGUGGAGCACGGCCUUUCGCUCUUUCAGAAGAACUUGGGCGAGUUGUUUGAAUUGUUGGUGGGUGUAUUACUGUCGGACGGAGAAGAAGAUACAUAUGAAUUGGCAUCUAAGGUGAUUACUCAGCUUUUGUCCGACACGGAGUUGAUGAAGAGGUCAUCUAUUUUUUUGGAUGGAAACCAAGCUCAGAGUCUUUUGGAGAAGUGUUUGAGCCCCGAGACGAGCGAGAGUGUGAGUCGCUCUCUGUUGUCUACGGUUGCUCAGUGCGUCCAGAACCCUGGGCUCCGCUUUGUGUUCUUUGGACAGGAUAGCUCGAUCAUCGGAUAUUUCACGGCACAGAUACAGAGGACGAUUGUGUUGUUGGAUGACAAGGGGAAGUUGCUAUCUUCAGCUUCUGUGAAGCAUCGCCUGAGAGCGAUGGGCAUGGCCUUGGACCUGUUGUUGGGCAUGGUAAAAGUGGAUCCGGGUAUUUUUAGGACGAGUGGCUGUUUAGAGGCGCCCUCGAAUUUGUUUCCUUUUGUGCGUUUAUUGGCGUUGAUUGCAUCGGAGUCGAUGAGAGGCGAAGAGAGGCCUGAUUUGUUUGACAGGUUGGUAGAGUUUUUGAUAGAGUAUGUUUCGGCUAGCGAGAAUUGGAGGUCGAUGGAUGCGAAGGGGUCCGUGCUGUGGAAUUUGGGAGGAAUGGAUUUGUUGAUUAUAUUUUUAGAGUCUUCUUGCGUAGAGGCGCGCGUGCUUGCGGCGCGCGAGCUGGUUUCCGUGUCGAGAGAACCUGCAUUUAAGUGGUCUACCUUGAUGACGGAGCGUAAUGGGUUGGGCUCUAUAUACAAGUGCUUGGAGAAUCAGCGUUUGUCUGUGGAACGUGAGGGAGGGAGCGGCAGCAGCGGUCUGUCAAACACGUUUGAGAUUUUUGAAUGUCUGUUGGAAGUGUUGAUUCGGUUGUGCGAGGACCCUCGUCGUUUUUCCAAGGUUGUUUCUGAAAACGGCUUUACUGAUUUGCUGAGUCAUUUACCGAAGGUGGCGGAGUGGUUGGAUGUGAAGGUGCAAGCGACUAUAGAGAUAGCCUUUGGCUUUACUCGAAUCAUCGCCAGCCUGCUUGACACAAAGGAUUUGGAAUUGGUUCAGUCCCUCGAAAUCUGCGUUGUUCCGUUACUGUCGUUCACUUCUUCGAGCGUUGCUUGUCCGGACAGCACGCCUUGUUACCAACUGAUUCGAGCGUCGUGUGGCGCCUUGUUGGCGUUGCACGCAGUUCCUGCGUAUCGAUCCCUGAUUCGAAGUCACGGAGGAGCCCAGUUGUUUUUCGACUUAUUGGUUAUGUACAACGCGAAGAUGCCCGGUGCGAAAGAGUUGACGGAUAUAUGCGUUGAGUUGCUCGAGCAGAUUUUCCAACACAGCGCAUCGGUGGUGUUUAAGGUGUCCGAUAAAAGCGAGAUCGAGGCCGUUCUUGGGUACUUGCCUCAUCCCAUUGUUUUCCGAAUUUUAGGCACGAUCCAGAUGCCGGACAUGGACGAGCUGAACGUCUUGAAAUCCCUCUCCGUCAACACCAUUGAAACCAUUUUGAACCACUUGAUAAAGCUCUUGCAGAAAGAAACGUAUGAGGCGUCAAGCCCCAACUCGACUUCAGACGGAAGCGCUCGUGGUCAGCUCUCUACUUUGAUUGAGCAAACUCUGAUCAUGUUUUUCGAAGGUUCGAGCGAGGCCCAAAUGAUUAUGUUGAAUGUAGCGCCUGGUGUCAAAUUUCGAUUCAUCUACCAACUUGCCGACUACUUGGGUUACAAAUCGAAAAUAUGGCGAGUCAAGCCUAUUUCAGAAAUCACUAAACUUAUAGACGUCCUCUCGACUAUGAGCGCGUCAAUACUGACUAUGGACGAGCCCAAAUCUGAAGACGCACCGUACAAUAGUUGUGUGCCUAAAAAUGACGAUGAAUUGAUAUUGCAAGAACUCAGAAUGAGACUCUUGGCUUGGGUUUUGGAGAUUUGCCGUCACGAACUUGACUACGAUCCGGGCCUCACCAGUCCCCCGUACUCCGUCUCCUUGAAAGAACUAGAAAAAGACAUUCCCAAUCGCAGAAAGAAAAAUGAUACCAAAUAUUAUGAUGACGACAGCUCCGAUUAUAGUGGACCGUCUGCACAGACUAACAUUUUAUGCUCAUAUGUCAAACGUCUAACUCUAGACCCUUCUUCCAACACCAACCAAACCUCGUCGAACCAACCAGAUCUCGCCAUAUUUUUCAGCAAUAACUUUCAUCCACGUUUGAAACUGCACACUGACUUGAUCAUCAUCCUCCGUAACCUCUGCAGACAGCCGGAUACUCGCAUCACCGUCCUUGAGUACGCCUGUCCAAUCUUCCUAGAUUGUUUCUCCAAAUUCACCGUCCUUCUCCAAAGCCUAUCUCUAUCUAUUCCCUCAUCUACUAGCAAGUCCUCCUUUCUCAACUCAAAAUCAUGCAGAGCCCUGGUACUUCAACUCCUCGCUCAAUGCCUAAAUCUGUUGAAUCUGGUUAUGGAUUUCACUUCCCCCCUCUAUGAAACGCUUUCCGCAAACAUAUAUCGGCCGUUAUUAUCCACCGUCUUCAAAACGUCAUCACUACUCCUAUCAUUGAACGCUCCUCCGGACAUAAUGCUCCUGACCAUCGAACUCCUCGACACAAUCGCUAGAGGCGGCCGAGUUUACAGUUUCCUACUCCUGCGAUCCGAAUUGACCUCCAACUUCCUUCCUUUGCUCUCGCAUUCAGAUCCGUUCGUCGUCUCGUCAACACUAUCUCUCCUUUCGAGACUCGCCGUGUACGACGGCUCUCUGUAUACCCUGGCUCCCCUCAUAACCAAACCAAUUCUAGACAGCAUCACUCAACGUCCUGACUACAAUCUAAGCCUCAAGCAUAACUAUCAAACCCUCUCAAAUAAACUGGGCUAUUCCAACUGA